AUGGCAGCUCAGAAGAACGAAUUGGAUUCGUGCGUACCAAUCCAACAAAUUGCUGUACCAUUGUAUGAGCGAAGAGAGAAACCUAACCCACAUAUCGUUUAUGCGGUGCAAGUGACGCUGCCUGAUCGUACGUGGACUAUUCGCAGGCGGUACAACGACUUCUGUCUUUUGCAUGAGCGACUUCCCUCGCCUGCACCACCAGCACCUCUCCCACCAAAACACCGUUUAAAACAGACAUGGCGAAUGCUCACGCAGAUGGGUGGCAUUCUGCCUACUUCAGAUGCUCAGAAACUUGAUGAUGAUAAGGAUCUCGAGCUUCGCCGCGAGGCGUUGGAAAAAUAUCUCCGGGCUAUUGUGGUAUCGCCAGAUGCACAUUGGCGUGAAUCACAUGCAUUCAUCGAGUUUCUGGAUGUUCAGGAUCACAUGCAGUUGCAUGAACAAUCCCAGGCUACAUCGGCUUCUGCAGGAAAGCCUCGUAUCAUGAGCAGUGGAAUGUGCUCUGCAUCACUACGUCCAUGGAAUCAGCAUUCGAAGUCGCAUGAGAAUGCAAAAGCUCGCGAAACAGACGCUACAAGACCUCUGACCGAUGCUGAGCUCUUGCAAUACCAAACUGACGACCUGAUGAGAGCCCAAGACAAACAAGCGGAUGCGCUGGCAAUCGUCCUGCGACGCCAACGCGAGCUUGGCUUACGGAUCCAUGACGAAUUAGGCAUGCAUCGCGAGAUGCUGGAUUCUUUGCAUACUGACGUGCAAAGCACGCAAACACGCAUGGAUGCAGCGGAGGCGGAGAUGAAGCGGCUGAAUUCUUGA